ACAGUCUAGUUUCUUCAGUUUCAGUUCAUUAAAUUAAAGAAGCUAAAGACAUGGCUCUGUUUCAUAGCCGCAUUCCGUUUUCAGCAUCUGCAUCUCUUUCUGCAAAAAGAGACCUUACUAAAUUAUUUCUUGGAAGUAACCCACCUGCCAAUAUCACCCAAAAAAAGUUUUCAACUCUUCAUUAUGCUUUGACCAAUUCCUCCAAUAAGCAGUCAUCCAUAUCCACCUUUAGCAAGUUGAUCGAGGAUUUAAUUAGUGGGAAAGACUUGACGGAAUAUGAAGCAGAAGAAUCUCUUGAUUAUUUGUUGGAUGGUGCUGAUGAAGCUUUAAUUAGUGCUUUUCUUGUUCUUUUGAGAGCUAAAGGUGAAACCUUUGAAGAAGUAGUCGGAUUGGCAAGGGCAAUGAUAAAGCAUUGCAGACAAGUGGAAGGCUUAAGCGACGUGGUUGAUAUUGUUGGAACAGGAGGGGAUGGUGCAAACACGGUGAAUAUCUCAACAGGUGCUUCAAUACUUGCUGCAGCUUGUGGUGCAAAAGUAGCCAAGCAAGGUAAUAGGUCGAGUUCAUCCGCUUGUGGGAGUGCAGAUGUAUUGGAAGCACUAGGCAUUGCCAUUGNCAUUUGA